AUGGUUAAGGCUCUCAUUGCAGUCUCCUCUUACAACGGUGUUUUCUACGACGACGGAGCCAAAACUGGUUUAUUCGUUGUUGAAGCUUUACACCCAUUUAACGUAUUCAGAAAGAGAGGAAUUGAUGUCGUCUUUGCUUCCGAGACUGGUAAUUAUGGUAUCGAUGAACAUUCCCUUGCUUCUGACUUUUUGAAUGGUCAAGAUAAGGAAGAUUUUGAAAACCCAGACUCUGAAUUCAGUAAGGCACUUAAGAACAUCAAGAAAGCUUCUGAUAUUAAGGCUGAUGAGUUUGAUAUCUUUUUUGCUUCUGCUGGUCAUGCUACACUUUUUGACUAUCCUAAAGCUACAACUUUGCAAAAGAUUGCUGGUGAAAUUUACGAAAGAGAUGGUGUCGUUUCCGCUGUCUGUCACGGACCUGCUAUCUUUGAUGGUUUGAUUGACCCAUUGACUAAGGAGUACUUGAUCAAGGAUAAGAAGAUCACCGGUUUCACCGAUAUUGGUGAAGAAAUGUUGGGUGUUGACGGAAUAAUGAAGAAACAAAACUUACUUUCAGUGGAAGAUGUUGCUAAGAAGUGUGGUGCCAUUUACGUAGCACCUCCUGGACCAUGGGACGAUUUCUCUAUUGUUGACGGAAGAAUUGUUACUGGUGUUAACCCUGCUUCUGCUACUACUACUGCUAAAAAUGCAGCUGAUGCUUUUGAAGCCAAUUAG